AUGCACUCCCCAUCUCAUUCAGCAGUGCUAGUACACUACUGCACGAACCUCCUUUUUCAUCAUCAUCAUGGCUUGUUACUAGUUACUACUGCACCCAAAAAUCCCAUCAAUCAAGCCAUUUAUAUACCUCUUCUCUUCCUCUUCCCCUCCUCUGCAACAACCAAUCUAACUACCUUCAAUCUCUUCCAUUUCCAAAAUACAGCUAUCAGUUUAAAUAUAUAAACUGUCAUGGAUCAUCACUACAUCCUUUGCCCUCUUCUAUUGAUACUUCACAUGUUCUGCUGCUGUCAAGGAACCACAGCUGCUAACCAGUCUCAGUUCUUUACUCUGAUGAGGACGUCUCUCUCGGGGAACCUUUUGUCUAAUUGGGAUGUCAGUAAAGACCAAAAUUUUUGUAACUACCAAGGUGUUGGUUGCAAUAACCAAGGGUAUGUUGAGAAGAUUGAUAUCUCUGGAUGGUCACUCUCUGGCCAGUUCCCUGAAGAUGUGUGCUCUUAUCUGCCUGAGUUAAGGAUUCUUCGUCUUGGCCACAACAAUCUCCAUGGUAGCUUUCCUAGCAGUAUCACCAACUGCUCUCUCUUAGAAGAGCUGGAAAUGAGCUCUGCCUAUCUCACUGGGUCGUUGCCAGACUUGUCACCUUUGAAUUCUAUGAGGUCACUGGACUUGUCCUACAAUUACUUCCAGGGCAACUUUCCUGUGUCAUUUACAAAUCUCACCAACCUCGAGAUGCUGAACUUCAAUGAGAAUGACGGCUUCAACUUCUGGCAAUUGCCCGAGAACAUCUCCAGGCUGACAAAGCUCCAGACAGUGAUCUUGACCACAUGUAAAUUACAUGGCAGAAUCCCAGCAUCAAUAGGCAGCAUGACAUCCCUCACUGAUCUUGAGCUGAGUGGAAAUUACUUGGUUGGCAAGCUCCCGUCGGAGCUGGGGCAGCUGAAGAAUUUGAAACAGCUUGAGCUAUACUACAAUGAACUUGAGGGUGAAAUACCUGAGGAGUUUGGUAAUUUGACUGCACUUGUUGAUUUAGACAUGUCUGUCAACAAAUUCACCAAGGUUCCAGAAGCUCUAUGGCGCCUUCCCAACCUCGCAUCCCUGCAGCUUUACAACAACAGUUUAACUGGAGAGAUUCCUGCAUUCCUCGGAAAUUCAACCACUUUGACUUUGUUGUCCCUUUAUGAGAAUUAUUUGACAGAGAAAGUUCCAGAAAAUCUGGGAAGAUUUUCUCCUCUGGUAGGGGUGGACCUGUCAGAAAAUCAGCUGUCUGGAGAACUGCCAGCAUAUGUAUGCAAUGGAGGUAAACUGUUGUACUUUCUUUUUCUUGACAAUAAGUUUUCUGGAGAAAUCCCGGAAAGUUAUGCAAAGUGUAACUUUCUUCUGCGCUUUCGAGUUAAUCACAACCAAUUGGAAGGCAGAAUUCCUGAAGGGCUUCUAGGCCUUCCACAUGUGUCAAUCAUUGAUAUUAGUAAUAACCACUUGAAUGGCUCAAUUUCCAAAACAAUUGAAGGUGCAAAAAAUUUGUCAGAACUCUUCAUGCAGAACAACAGACUUUCAGGUAUUCUGCCUGUUGAGAUCUCUCGAGUGAUAAAUCUUGUAAAGAUUGAUCUCAGCGACAAUCUCCUGUCUGGUUCAUUGCCUCCUGAAAUUGGCAACCUUAAACAGCUCAAUUUGUUGCUCCUUCAAGGGAACAAGUUUAAUUCUUCCAUCCCUGAGUCACUAUCUUUACUAAAGUCACUUAAUGUUCUCGAUUUAUCUAGCAAUCUGUUUACAGGGAAUAUCCCACAAAGUCUGUCUCAACUCUUGCCAAAUUCCAUGAAUUUCUCAAAUAAUAUGCUCUCUGGUCCCAUACCUCCCCCCUUUGUAGAGGGAUCAGGUCUGCUGGAAAGUUUCUCACAAAACCCAGGCCUUUGUGUGCCCAACCAUCUAAAUGCAUCCCGUAGAGGUUUUCCCCUUUGUUCACCAGCUUACAACAGAAGAAAGGUAAAGCAUAUUUGGGUGAUUGGGAUAUCUGUAGGAAUUGUCAUAGUUGGAAUUGUCCUGUUUCUAAAGCGAUGGUUCCACAACGAUAGGGCGAUGAUGGAGCAUGAGGACACCUUGUCCUCCUCUUUUUUUUCAUUUGAUGUGAAAAGUUUCCAUCGUGUAAGUUUUGAUCAACGUGAGAUCAUUGAAUCCAUGAUUGAUAAGAAUAUAGUUGGUUAUGGAGGCUCUGGCACAGUGUAUAAAAUUGAGUUGAGCAAUGGAGAAGUUGUCGCGGUAAAGAAGCUCUGGAGCAGAAAAGCUAAAGAUUAUGUUUCAGAUGAUCAACUGGUUUUAGACAAGGAGCUGAAAACUGAGGUGGAGACUCUAGGAAGCAUAAGGCACAAGAAUAUUGUCAAGUUGUACAGCUACUUCUCCAGUUUGGAUUGUAGCUUAUUGGUCUAUGAAUACAUGCCAAAUGGUAACCUUUGGGAAGCACUUCAUGGAGAAAAGAUCAUUCUGAAUUGGCCUCCUCGUUAUCAGAUUGCACUGGGAGUUGCACAGGGUUUGGCCUACUUACACCAUGAUCUUUUGCCCCCCAUAAUUCACAGAGACAUCAAGUCUACCAAUAUCUUACUGGAUAUCAAUUACCAACCAAAAGUUGCAGACUUUGGGAUAGCAAAGGUUUUGCAGGCAAGAGGAGGGAAAGACUCCACAACCACAGUUAUUGCAGGGACUUAUGGUUACUUGGCCCCAGAAUAUGCAUAUUCUUCCAAGGCAACCACCAAGUGUGAUGUCUACAGCUUUGGGGUUGUACUGAUGGAACUAAUAACCGGGAAGAAGCCAGUGGAGGCAGACUUAUUUGGAGAGAACAAGGAUAUCAUCUAUUGGGUUUCAACCAAGGUGGAGACUAAAGAAGGACCCCUGGAAGUUUUAGACAAGAAAAUUUCAGGUUCUUUCAAGGAUGAAAUGAUUAAGAUGCUGCGAGUUGCCAUCCGUUGCACAUGUAGGAAUCCAGCUCUUCGCCCAACAAUGAACGAAGUUGUUCAACUGCUGAUUGAAGCUGACCCCUGCAAAUUCGGUUCAUGCAAGUCCCUCAACAAGACCAAGGAGACCUUCAACAUCACCAAGCCAAAGAACAUCUCUGACUUGUGAUCAAAGGACAAUGGUGGGGUGCAAGGUGGAAGUAGAAUAUAGAAUCUAACAAGGCUAGCUCUCUUAAAGUUUGUAGAAACUGUUGAUCGAGAACAACAUAUUACUAUCUUAGUUAUUUUCCAUAAAAGUAGAAGCUAGUAAAGGUAUAGAGUAUCUGUCCCAGUCCCACAUUUUAUCCUUUUUUUAUGUCUUUUUCUUUUUUGGCCUGUUGUAACUAUAUGAAGAUUUAUCAUCUAAAUAUCUAUGUAUAUGAUGAAAUGCUUUAUGCCUACGCAGAGAAUCUGCAAUUUUCAA